ACAUAAUUUCCAUUUUAGGUGUACUCGCAUUUUGGUAAAUAAAUAAAAGUCUAUGCAGGCUGCAAAUUCUUCAGAAUCAAUAUGCACAGAAUAAGUACGCGCUUAAGUCAGAAAAUAGCCGAAGAAGCACAGCUUCUUGCGGAAGAAAAAUGGAUUAUUGACGCAUUGAGAAAACUUAAACAGCAACGAAAUGGUUUACAGAUUGAAAAGCUACAUUUAGAAAAUCUAAGAGCAUCUGUUCUGAACGAGGAACUGAAGAACAGCUUAUCAUCAGCACCAAGCGGUGUUGUUACUGCAAUACCUACUGCUAUUACACCCACUAGUGUUACUGCAACACUACCGAAUACAAACAUUACUAUAAUACCAAUUAAUGUUACCACCAAAGAUAAUAGUAAUAAGAGUAGUAAGCCUACAACUUCCAAGUCUCCUGAGCUGUCUCUACCUGAUGAACCGAGCAUCCCUGUGACUUCAUCUCAGUUUGAUGUGCCUCUCAGCAACAUUGAUGAUGAAAUCUGCAAUACUGAAAAACUUAAUUUGUCCGUCACAGACUCUGUGUUUGCAAAUAGAAAUAUGAAUCGGUCAGAUAUGGAAGAAGAUGAAGAAGACUUGGAUAAUGGGCUAGAAGAUGAUGAGGACAUGGAGAACUGUUUGAUAGAAAUGAACAUGUUGAUGCAAUCCAAACAAUGAGGAGCUCGCUAGGAUGAGACUCACAUCAUAUCACAUGGCAGAGGAGCAUCAGAGACCUCUUCUCAAAUAGAGAAGAAAUGAGCAAGCACAGUGCUUGCUCAAAGCAGAUUGGCUACUAUGAAUAAGAUUUUGCAGCUGGAAAGCAAAUAAUAAAUAUUUCAAUUAAUGGCUAAACCAUACUUACCUUCUGUAAAAAUAAUAAGCUAGGUAAAAAUAUUUGAUUUGUGAUAUUAGUAAUUACAUAAUGUUAAGACUAUA